AUGCAGAUCUGGGGGCAAGGCGCCGGGUCCACACCACUUUGCCCCGGGCUGUCCGCGCCUCCCAGCAGAGCCGAGCUCGGCACCGCCCACCGAGCCCACCUCGCGGUCCAGCCGCCGCCAGCGCCUCUCGGCUCUGGCCUGAAGCACUAUACUCCCGCCGCCUGGAGCCGCCGCCCGAUCCUAGCGCGGAGCUGCGAGCCUGACCGGCCGCGUCUGGCAUGGUCAGAGAAAGAAUUUUCUUUCUCCAACUCCGACUUUUGGUUUUGUGUGUCCACCUUGCGCAACUCCGGAGCCAGCCGACCCCACAUGGAUUCUCAACAGGUGGCCGGCACAUCUUCUGAGCCUCCCUCUCUCAUCUGACAGUGGAGGGUAAGUCCGAGAAGAUUCAUUUAGACAAAGUGGAAAAAAAGGACUUUCUGGGCCAGCAAGUCGGAUGACCACCCUCCAAGGGGCAGAGGAGGGCCCAUUUUGUGAAGAAGAAAUGAACUACCCGGAAAACGCCACAGGAGGACAUGUUUCUGCAGACGUAGUUGCCCUAGAAGCAGAAGAGCAUGGGGGUGUGAAUGUCUUCUCUUUUGGGGGCAAACACUAUGUCCUUUUCUUUUUCUAGAUACAGUUAAUUCGUGGAAAUUUUAGCAAGUUUGUUCUUGUGGAUGUUUUGAACAAUAAAGAGUGAAAAUCA